CAACAAUUGAGAAGCAAAAACAGAAACAUCUCUCUCUCUCUCUUUUGAAGUUUCCGCCAUGGUUCUCCGAUCACAAAACCUCUGGACGUUCCUCUCAGUCCUAACGCUUCUCUCCCACGUAUCUCAAUCUCUCCACUUCGAACUGCGAUCAGGUCGAACAAAAUGUAUAUCGGAAGACAUCAAAAGCAAUUCAAUGACCGUCGGAAAAUACACCGUCGUUAACCCAAACGAAGCUCACCCUUCUCCUCCUUCUCACAAGAUCUCCAUAAGGGUGACAUCGAGUUACGGGAACACGUAUCAUCACGCGGAAGACGUGGAGUCUGGACAAUUCGCGUUCACGGCGGUGGAAGCUGGAGAUUACAUGGCUUGUUUCACUGCCAGCGAUCAUAAACCUGAGGAGACUUUGAGUAUUGACUUUGAUUGGAGGACUGGGAUUUAUUCCAAGAGCUGGACUAGUGUUGCCAAGAAGAGUCAAGUCGAAGUUAUGGAGUUUGAGGUAAAGCAAUUGAUUGAAACCGUUAACUCGAUUCAUGAUGAGAUGUUUUAUCUCAGAGACAGGGAGGAAGAGAUGCAAAAAUUGAACAGGGCUACAAACUCUAAAAUGGCUUGGCUUAGUCUCCUCUCUCUUUUUGUAUGCUUAGGAGUCGCUGGUAUGCAGUUUUUGCACUUGAAGACUUUUUUAGAGAAGAAGAAAGUCAUCUAAGAUGGUUAGUUAGAUGGUACAAUCCCACUCUUGCUUUUCCCAACUCAACGAAUCUUUUAUUCCUUGGGGGUUUGUAUAUUUAGAUCUUUGUGCAUGGCUUUAGCAUGUCCUUUUGGAACUGGAACUCAAAUGAAUGUGAAAGUGUUUUGCUAUUUU